AUGAAGGUGGUGCCCAGCUUCCUAUGCCCCAUCCUCCUGGAGGAGGUGUGGCUGGUGCCCAGUUUGUCCCCUGGUCCCAAGUCACCAGAGGCCCAGGCAGGGCUAGAGACACUGGAGACCCAGGCUCCUCAGAACCAGACUGGUAGGCAAAUGCAGGCUCCCAUAGAGGAUGAGGAGGAGGAGGAGGAGGAGGAGGAGCAGACCUGGUUGGAAGCCAGCAGGCAGCAGCUCUAGAACACUUUGAACUUCAGGUUCAGCCUGCUGUGAAAGAUCUCCAAGAGACACAACGGCAACGUGGUCUUCUCCCCACUUGGCAUGUCCUUGGCCAUGGCAGGCAUGAUGCUGGGGGCUAUGGGCAGACCAGAGCCCAGGUCAAGAGCAGCCUCCAACCUGCAGGCCCUGAAUGGGAACAAGCCCACACCUCUGCCUGCCCUCAUCCACAAGGAUUUUGGUAUGAAAAAGGCCUUCUUUGAUUUAUCCAAGAGGUAUUUUGAUACAGAGUGUGUGCCUACAGAUUUUCACAAUGCCACACAGGCCAAAGGGCUCAUGAAUCAGUACAUUAACAAAGAGACUCAGGGGAAAAUUCCCAAACUCUUUGAUGAGAUUAGUCCUGAAACCAAAUUAAUUCUUGUGUAUUACAUCUUGUUCAAAGGUACUUUGAUAAUGAAAUGGCUGACCCCAUUUGAUCCUGUCUUCACCAAACCCGACACUUUCUACCUGCACAAGUAUAAGGCCGUUAAAAUGCCCAUGAUGUACAGGAAACAAAGCCUGAAGGGCCUUACAGACAGCCAGGACACACCCCAAGGACCCAUAUCCAUGUGUAACGGGUCCUGCACUCACAUGCUGAUGCCUCCUCGGCAUUGGAUUGCCUCAAAGCAGUACCAGGUGCUGGGAAGCCGCUAUAGAACGCUAACCACUCCUGCCCCACCUUUGCCUGCCAGAAGGAAAGUUAAAGCACUCAGUAGACAGCUUGAAAACCUUUUAGGAGCACUAGCUCAGCUCAAGAAUCAGUAG